GAGCGAUCACACUGGUGUAUCUGUUACGUAGCGAUAAAACUAUUUAAAGUCGCAAAACCGGGAACACAGAAGAAUUACGACGUGCCGUGACAGUCGAUUAACCUAAAUUUUUCGACAGUCUGAUCUACAAGAAUCUAGAUGUCUCUAAAACCUUCUACCUUCUGGACAGAUCUGGAAACUGUCUGCCAUAUUCUGAAUCAAACUUUGGGGCGUCUAACCUACCCGGAAAUUCUAAACCCAAGAAUCAUGGGCAUGCAAAAAUGUGAUUUGCCACUGCGAAAAAGAAAGUUAUUUUCUCCCGUGGAGUAUCACAGGCCGUCGUGUGAUCUGCUGUUCAAAGGCGAUCGUGGUGCUUCGACUGUGAUGGCCGAUAAAAACAAUUUUCGAGUGGACUUGGACGUGCAGCAUUUCGCACCGGAAGAAAUUAAUGUUAAAAUCGUCGACUCUUAUGUGAUUGUCGAGGCGAAGCACGAAGAGAAGGAAGACGAGUACGGUUGGAUUUCUAGAGAGUUCACGAGAAAGUAUAUCAUUCCGAAACAGUGUGAUAUCGAACAAGUUUCUUCGAAACUUUCGUCCGAUGGUGUUCUUUCGAUCAUCGUACCACAAAUAGAAAAGAUCGAUUCGGGUCUUCUCGAAUACUUGUUGGCAGUACCCCCACCACUCCCUACUACACAGCGAAUCGUAUAAAGCGAACUGCGUGGUUGCCGACAGUUGAUUCACGUGCGAG